AUGACAAGGAGUUCUGCAAGACAGGUGCAACUGUAUGACGCGAUUUCAUUGAAAGAGAUUUACACGACGCAGAUAGAUAAUGGUACGCAGCCACUAGUUCCGCACUAUGAUUUCGACUCUUCCGUUUUAUUUCUAAGCGCUAAGGGUAGCCGAAUCAUAAACAUGUUCGAAGUCUGCUAUGAUUCUCCGUACCUACUUCCGCUCACACCUUAUAUGGCACCAGUUAUCGGUCAAGCUAUUGCAUAUCACGACAAGCGACGUUGCAAUGUUAUGGCAGUCGAGUUUCAGCGCGCUUGGAGGUUGACAGAAAAGUCCCUAGAACAGUUGGUGUUCCGAGUACCACGGGUUAAAAAAGAUGUCUUUCAAUCUGAUCUCUUCCCUGACGCACUUGUGACUUGGCGACCUAUCAUGACCGGAAAAGAGUGGUUAGCGGGUAGUCAGAAGAUUCCAGUAUUUGAAAGUCUAAAGCCGGAGGGAGUCAGUGGCUUGGCACCGGCGAGCGAUUCUGCACCUACACGACCUCCUCGCUUUUCGGCAAUUCCUGAAAUACAUGAUAAUGAUCACGAUUUCAGUUCCGAACCAGAUAAACGCGCAGUGCAACUGAGCUGGUCAGCUAAAAUCCCCAUAGAUACAACGCUAGAACAGGAUCAUAUGGAGGGUGUUGCUGAGGAGGAAUGGACAGAGUCACUUUAA